UAGAUGGAGGCAGAACAGCUCAUUCAGCAUUUAAGCUGCCGUUGAACAUUCAAAAUAAUCCAGAUGCAGUGUGCAACAUAAAAAAACAAUCGUCUAUGGCCAUAGUGCUGAAACAAUGUAAAAUUAUUAUUUGGGAUGAAUGCACUAUGGCACACAAACAUUCGCUUGAGGCAUUAGAUAGGACAUUAAAGGAUAUAAAAAACAAUGAUAAACUAUUUGGCGGCACUUUGUUACUCCUUUCUGGUGAUUUUAGACAAACACUUCCCGUUAUUCCACGUUCAACGUACGCUGAUGAAAUUAAUGCUUGCUUAAAAUCAUCGCGACUAUGGCGUAAUGUUGAAAAAGUACAAACACAAUAUGCAAAUCGUAAGUGGCUGGCAGAAAGAGCGAUUUUGGCAGCUAAAAAUGUGGACGUCAAUGGGUUAAAUUUAAAGAUUCAACAGUUGUUGCCUGGGGACUUGGUGUCAUACAAAUCUAUCGAUGCAGUUUGCGAUACCAACGAGACUGUGAAUUAUCCAAUUGAGUUUUUAAAUUCAUUGGAUUUGCCAGGCAUGCCACCACAUCAUUUACAAUUGAAGGUUGGAUCUCCGAUUAUUCUGCUUCGCAAUUUAAACCCACCACGGCUGUGUAAUGGCACACGGUUAGUCAUUAAAAAAUUAAUGAAAAACGUCAUUGAAGCCAUCAUCUUGAAUGGCAAGUUUCAAGGCGAAAAUGUGUUGCUGCCACGAAUCCCUAUGAUUACUACAGAUGUGCCAAUUGAAUUCAAACGCACUCAAUUCCCCAUUAGAUUAGCAUUCGCUAUGACGAUCAAUAAGUCACAAGGCCAGACAUUGUCUGUAUGUGGCUUAGAUUUGGAAACACCAUGCUUUUCCCACGGACAACUAUAUGUGGCAUGUUCUCGCGUGGGAAAACCCUCCAGUUUGUUUGUGUUGGCUAAAGACGGACUAACCAAGAAUAUUGUACACUCUAUUGCACUGAGAGAUUAAUUUUUUUUUUCAAUUGCCAUAAUUGAUAGGAUAAUAUGAAUAAUUAUUUUUGAUAUUUAGAAAGCUAUCAAAAAUUGUAAUUUAAAAUAUAUUCGUUACUUUAAUAAGGAUUAAUUUAUUAACUUAAAUAAAGC